AUGAGAUCGGUUAGUUAUGUGCAGCGCGUGGCUCUGGAGUUUAGUGGAAGCCUCUUCCCGCAUGCAAUCUGCCUCGGAGAUGUAGAUAACGACACAUUAAAUGAACUAGUGGUGGGAGACACCAGCGGGAAACUGUCUGUGUAUAAGAAUGAUGACAGCCGGCCAUGGCUCACCUGUUCCUGCCAGGGAAUGCUGACUUGCGUUGGUGUUGGAGAUGUAUGUAAUAAAGGGAAGAACCUGGUUGUGGCAGUGAGUGCUGAAGGCUGGUUCCACUUGUUUGACCUGACACCUGCCAAGGCCCUGGAUGCCUCUGGGCACCAUGAAACCCUAAUAGGAGAGGAGCAACGUCCAGUCUUCAAGCAGCACAUCCCUGCCAACACUAAGGUCAUGCUGAUCAGCGACAUUGAUGGAGAUGGGUGUUGCGAGCUGGUGGUAGGUUACACAGAUCGUGUAGUGCGGGCUUUCCGUUGGGAAGAUCUGGGUGAGGGCACUGAACAUCUCACAGGACAACUGGUAUCCCUCAAGAAAUGGAUGCUGGAAGGUCAGGUGGAUAGUCUCUCAGUGACUCCAGGGCCCCUGGGUGUUCCUGAACUGAUGGUAUCUCAGCCAGGCUGUGCUUAUGCGAUUCUCCUGUGCACCUGGAACAAGGACACUGGAUCCUCUACUACCUCUGAAGGGACCACAGAGGGGAGCAGGGAGCCCCCUUCUGUCCGAGAUGUAGUGCUGCAUCAGACAUCUGGCCGCAUCCACAACAAGAAUGUCUCUACUCAUCUCAUUGGCAGUAUCAAACAAGGACACAGCCCUGAGAGUGGCGGCUCUGGCCUCUUUGCCCUCUGCACCCUGGAUGGGACAUUGAAGCUUAUGGAAGAAGCAGAUAAACUGUUGUGGUCAGUGCAGGUGGAUCAUCAGCUUUUUGCCCUAGAAAAAUUAGAUGUCACGGGCAAUGGACGUGAGGAGGUAGUUGCAUGCGCCUGGGAUGGACAGACGUAUAUUAUUGAUCACAACCGCACCGUAGUCCGCUUCCAAGUGGAUGAAAAUAUUCGAGCCUUCUGUGCAGGCUUGUAUGCCUGCAAAGAGGGCCGCAACAGCCCCUGCCUCGUGUACGUCACAUUCAACCAGAAGAUCUAUGUGUACUGGGAGGUGCAGCUGGAACGGAUGGAGUCCACCAAUCUGCUGAAACUGCUGGAGGCUGAGCCAGAAUACCGGGGCCUGCUGCAGGAGCUGGGUGUGGAUCCUGAUGACCUCCCUGCCACCUGUGCCUUGCUUCACCAAACACUGUACCAUCCAGACAAGCCACAGCAGUGUGCUCCCUCCAGCCCCCAGGAUCCUACCUAGCUAGACUUGCCUGAUGCUUGGUUGAUAAAGGAUCCUUCUGAGCCCCUCCUCUCAAGGUAUCCAUGGUCCUGACAGGUUAGGGAAUACACAUUACACAGGGGCAGGAUUUGAUUUUGGGCAUGGAAGAGGGGUGACAACCCUAGGGUGACUGUGACUAUAGUCUUUUUUGGUGAAAGUACACAAGAUCACCCUCAGCCCAGCUCCUUGUGCAUUGCACUCAUCAGACAGCAGGGCCAGA